AUGCCCGAGCAAACAGAGGACGAUCACCUCUCAACCACCUCAUCCGCGGACAUCGAGUCACUCGAUACGGACCACCAUGCCGACGAGGAAAACGGACAGGCCGCCCUGCCACUAGAGAAACAAACCACAGCGGCAUCGGGGCUCUCUGUGUUCGAACAGCGUGCGCAAUCGGUCGUGUCGCGCAUUCGCAGUCGAGAUCCGGGGCAGACAGCCAAGUUUACGCAUCCGUUGACGCAUACGAAGACGAGUCCGGAUGUUAUUGUGGAUUUUGAAGGCCCGGAUGAUCCGUAUAGACCAUUGAAUUGGAGUUUUGGGAAGAAGGCUACUACGACGGUGUUAUAUGGGUUGACGACGAUGGGUGCGACAUGGGCUAGUUCUGUUUACUCCACGGGCCAAGAACAAGUCGCUCACGAGUUUGGCGUUUCCAUGGAAGUUUCGACACUGGGAACUUCACUGCUACUAUUCGGUUUGGGUCUGGGUCCCCUCGUAUGGGCACCGCUGUCCGAGGUGUAUGGUCGCAAACCGGCUGUGCUCGCUCCCUACUUCGUUGCAGCGAUUAUGUCGUUCGGUACUGCAACUGCAAAGGACCUGCAGACGAUCAUGUUGACCCGAUUCUUCACGGGCUUUUUUGGCUCGGCACCAGUCACCAAUACUGGUGGUGUUCUAAGUGAUAUCUGGACACCUGAACAGCGCGGCGCUGCGAUCGUCGGAUACGCCAUGGCUGUUGUCGGUGGUCCGGUCCUGGGUCCUAUUGUCGGUGGUGCCAUUGUUCAGAGCUACCUCCACUGGCGAUGGACUGAAUAUAUUACCGGCAUCAUGAUGAUGUUCUUCCUCCUUCUUGACCUCAUCUUCAUUGAUGAAAGUUACCCACCAGUCCUUCUAGUCUAUAAGGCUCAAAGACUUCGCUUUGAAAGCGGAAACUGGGCUCUCCACGCUCGACACGAAGAGUGGGACGUGACCCUCAAAGAACUGGGCAACAAGUACCUCGUCCGACCCUUCCAGCUCCUCGCGACACCCAUCUGCUUCCUCGUGGCAUUAUACGCCUCCUUCGUCUACGGUAUCCUCUACCUCAGUCUAGCAGCAUUCCCCAUCGUCUUCCAAGAAAUCCGUGGAUGGAAUCAAGUCGUCGGCGCUCUACCUUUCCUCGCCUACCUAGUUGGCAUCCUCAUCGGCGCUGCGAUCAACUUAUCCAACCAGCGCUUCUACCUCAAACGCUUCAAGGCAAACAAUAACCGCGCAGUCCCCGAGGCAAGACUGCCACCUAUGAUGCUCGGCUCUGUCGUUUUCGCAGCGGGCAUGUUCGUCUUUGGCUGGGCAAGUCCCAAACACAUCCACUGGAUAGGUCCCAUUAUCGGCGCCGUCAUGAUGGGCUUCGGCUUCUUCACUAUCUUCCAGGCUGCACUGAACUACCUGAUCGACACCUUCCAGCAAACCUCUGCUAGCGCGAUUGCUGCAAAUACUUUCUUGCGCUCUUUAUUUGCGGGCUGCUUCCCGCUCUUCACCAGCGCCAUGUUUCAUAACCUUGGUGUGCCAUGGGCAGCUAGUGUCCUGGGCUUUGUCUCCAUUGCUCUAAUCCCCAUUCCGUAUCUUUUCUAUACGUAUGGAAGACGGAUUCGAGCGCGGGGAAAGUGGUCGCGUGGGUCUCUUUAG